ACUCUAGUCUAGUCUAUUCCCCACCCACACCUAACGACUCUCCUCCAACCUCCCUGCCCUCCUCCUCCGUCCUCGCCCCCGUCGAAUCGAUCGAGGCGAGGGGAACGAGGAGGGGCUGUCUGUCGCUAGGGUUCCGGCGCGCGGAUGGGAAGGUUCUAGGAAGGAACCAGGAGCGUUUGGUUUGUGGGAAGGGGCGGACGGUUCGGUGAGGUGGGAGGGGGGGAUGGAGGAGGAGAAGGCGAGGGGGGUGGCGUCGCCGCUGAUCCCGCCGCCGUCGGAGAUCGACCUCGAGGCCGGCGGCAACGGGGACCAGCUCCAGUGCCGGAUCUGCCUCGAGACCGACGGGAGGGACUUCAUCGCGCCGUGCAAGUGCAAGGGGACGUCCAAGUACGUGCACCGCGACUGCCUCGACCACUGGAGGGCCGUCAAGGAGGGGUUCGCAUUUUCUCAUUGCACCACCUGCAAGGCCCCUUAUUACCUGAGGGUUCAUGUCCACACUGACAGGAAAUGGCGAACACUGAAGUUCCGUUUCUUUGUUACUAGAGAUAUAUUAUUCAUCUUUGCUCUUGUCCAGUUUGUCAUCUCUGCAUUGGCCUAUUUGGUACAUUUUAUUGAUGGGUACCAGCAAUAUUGGUUGAGGACGGCCUGGGGUUUCGAUAACGAAGUUAGUUUUUAUUAUAUAUGUGGAGCUUUAUUGUUUUUUGCUUUACUCGGGUUAUCGGGAUGCUUCAUAACAUGUUAUGACCGAAGAGUACGGAGUGACUUGGCUCAACCUUGUCGAGAACUAUGUCUCUGUUGCUGCCAGCCAGGGAUGUGUGCAGAUUGCCAUCUUCCUGGUACGCUUUGCAUGUGGACUGACUGCACCACAUGCUUUGAAGGCUGUGCAACUACAGCUGGGGAGUGUGGUGGUUGCCUGGGAGGUGCAGGGGAGGCAGGGUUACCACUACUCCUCAUCAUGGGAGUCAUUGUGCUCGGGCUGUUCACGGUUGUCGGCAUCUUCUACAGUGUUCUGGUGGCGACGAUGGUAGGCCAGCGGAUCUGGCAACGACACUAUCACAUCCUUGCCAAGCGAAUGCUAACUAAGGAAUACGUGGUGGAAGAUGUCGAUGGCGAGCAUGCAGAUUGGUCUCCACCACCUCUCCCCGCAGAGCACAUCCAGCAGCUCAAGUCCCUGGGACUGCUAUAGCCGAUGCCAUCAGGUCGAUGGCCGUUGACGAUGAUAACCUUAAGUUUAGGACCAGCGCGGCACUACCCCCAGCUGUACAGGAGGCAAAUGCAAAGCUGAUGGCAGGGCGUUUCUUGUAUCUGCAGCCCAUUGUGGCGAUACAAUAUCAUCAGUCUUAUUUUGUACAUUGUAACAGGGAAAUGACAACACCUUGAUUUUUAUACCAAAUAUGAGUGGUUUACCCCGCUGAAGCUCA